CGUACACCCAUAUUAUAUGUAUACAUGAACAAAUAUGGAGUGCAUCCGCAUUGGUGCAUUGGAUACACCAGUCAAAAGAUGAUUCAAGUCACUUGUAGUUAGCCUGCACCUGCAAUACUAAACUAUAAUCCCAUCUGAUCUGAAUAGUACCUGUAAAUUGAAUAAACAAUCUUGAAAUCUGGACAGACAUUUUCUAAUAACUAAUUUCGAGUAACCUUUCUUUAAUAUCCGUUCUUGAAAAUUUUCCCCCGAGGCCAAAAAGUAAAAGGGGAUUCCGUGACGCCAUCGCCUUCAUAUUGGGUCAACGGCGUCACAAUCACCCUGCCAUGUUGAUGAUCUUCAGUGGCUGCUGCGAACCCAGAUCGGAGUUUUCUUAUCUGGGUAUUUUUUUUCCAAAAUUUAGAAUAAACUUUAGUUGAUUAAUGGGCUCAAGCCUUCGGACCAAUAAACUUCGCCGUGUCGGUUUUCUAUCGAACUCUCUGCUUCCAAGAUCCCCAGACACAAUGAAAACCAGGACACUUUUUGGGAUUUCCCUGUCGCUGAUUAUCAUUAACAUGGCUGCUAUAAUGGAGCGAGCUGAUGAAAAUCUCCUUCCAUCUGUUUACAAAGAAGUCAGCGAAGCUUUUUCUGCCGGGCCAUCUGAUCUUGGUUAUCUGACUUUUGUACGCAACUUCAUUCAGGGACUGGCUUCACCAGUUGCAGGUAUAUUAGCCAUUAAUUAUGACCGCCCUACUGUUCUUGCAGUUGGCACUCUGUGCUGGGCCUUGUCAACAGCUGCAGUAGGUAUUAGCAAGUAUUUUUUGCAAGUUGCAUUCUGGAGAGCAGUAAAUGGUUUUGGACUGGCUAUUGUGAUUCCAGCACUUCAGUCCUUCAUUGCCGAUAGCUAUGUGGAUGGUGCGAGAGGGACUGGCUUUGGGUUUCUAAAUCUUGUUGGGACUGUGGGCGGUAUAGGAGGGGGAGCUAUUGCUACAGUUAUGGCCGGUCAUGAUUUCUGGGGUAUACCUGGAUGGAGAUUUGCUUUCAUGGUGAUGGCAAUGCUGAGUUGUUUGAUUGCUUUUCUUGUUCAUGCAUUUGUUGCUGACCCAAGAAGAAGAACUACUGCUGACCAUGAUACAGGCAAGGCUUUGUCAAGGGAUGAGGUGAUGGAUAAGGGAAAUGCUAACUCAGUAUCAAUUUGGGUGGAAUCAUGGCAAGCAAUGAAAACUGUUACAAGAGUUCCCACUUUUCAAUACAUUGUGUUGCAGGGUGUUGUUGGUUCACUGCCUUGGACGGCCCUAGUAUUUUUGACGCUUUGGUUUGAACUAAUUGGUUUUGAUCACAAUAGUUCAGCAGCCCUUGUUGGUCUCUUUGCCGGUGGAUGUGCACUGGGCUCUUUUGUUGGUGGAAUAAUUGCAGAUCAAAUGUCACGCUUGUACCCACAUUCAGGGCGUGUCAUGUGCGCUCAGUUCUCUGCUUUCAUGGGCAUUCCAUUCUCAUGGUUCCUUCUGAGAGUUGUCCCGCAGUCUGUGAGCAGCUAUUCGACAUAUGCUGCCACACUCUUCUUGAUGGGCCUUACCAUUAGCUGGUGUGCUACUGCUACAAAUGGUCCAAUGUUUGCUGAGGUUGUGCCUGUGAAACAUCGGACCAUGAUUUAUGCAUUUGAUCGAGCUUUCGAAGUAUCAUUUUCUUCUUUUGCAGCUCCUGUGGUUGGAAUUCUUGCAGAAAAGAUGUACGGCUACGAUGCAAAGUCUGUUGAUCCUGUCGUAGGGUCCGGAAGAGAAGCAUUAGCUUUGUCAAAAGGGCUUUUCUCCAUGAUGGCAGUUCCAUUUGGUUUGUGCAGUUUAUUUUACACACCUUUGUAUUGGAAUUUCAGGCAUGACCGAGAAAAUGCUAGAAUUGCAGCCACAAAAGAAGCAGAGAUGAUAUGACAGAUUCACCGACAUUGCUGGCUUAUUCUUUUGAAGCAUUAUUUCUUUUUGACAACUGAAAUCCAUACUUUUUACGUUCCACAUUGGCAUGAUGUGUGUGAACUCUUUAUCAUUGAGAUCUCAUUCAAAACCUUAUCAGCAACAUGGAUGUAAGAAUAGAUUGGUAAUUUUGGUAGAUUUUACUACCAUGAAUACAUGCAAGUCCGAGAGGUAUACCGAAGUGCACUGCAUGCUAGUUAUAGCCUCUGGCCCUGGACGAAAAUGGGCUUGCUGCACAUAUGGAUCUGAUGGUGGUCUCGUCGCAAUAAUUACCAGUUUUGGCUGCAGAACAGCGAAAAUAAACUUGCUGCAUCUUCGGAGCUGAUGGUGGUCUGCAGUAGUCUCUGCGCCACUAGUUUUGGCUGCUGAUUUCAAAUAAACAAAAUCUGGCUACUAUACUCGAGAACUGAAAUCCCAGUCGGGCAGCCAGGUCUUAGAAGAGAGGGAGGGUCAAUUAGGAGGUUAGAAUACAAGUCAAUGCUAAAGAAGAUCAAUGACUAUCAGGUGGAGCCUGAUAUCCUUUGGUGCUGACU